GGGAAAAAUUAGGUAUUAGAGAGAGAGAGAGAGAGAGAGAGAGAGAGCGCGCAUUAAAAAGUGCAAUGAAGGAGCCGAGACUCCGUCAAAUAAUAAAAUCCCAAACGCCUUCUCCCCGACCAACCAACCAGCCCUAGUUUUGCAGAGCCCCAAGCUCCCACCACCAGCUGCAGACUGCAGCUGCAGCAACGGCAUCGGCAUCAGCAUCUCGGAGGAAACGGUUCCGCUCGCUCCGGUGAGGAGCUACUGUCGUCGCGGUUAGUUGGAGGAGGAAGUUGUUUUGGUGAUUUGAUUGGAGGAUUUGUUUAGAUGGAGGGGAAUUCCAGCGGUGGCGGAGGAGGGGGAAACGACGUGGAGCUUCUGUGCAAGACGUUGCAGGUGGAGCACAAGCUGUUCUACUUCGAUCUCAAGGAGAAUCCUCGGGGCCGGUACCUCAAGAUCUCGGAGAAGACGUCAGCGACCAGGUCCACCAUCAUAGUCCCCUUCAAUGGUAUCUCCUGGUUCUUGGAUCUCUUCAAUUACUAUGUCAAUUCUGACGAGCACGACGUCUUCAGUAAGGAACUCCAGCUCGACACCAAGGUGUUUUACUUUGAUAUUGGUGAAAACCGGAGGGGCCGCUUUUUGAAGGUAUCUGAAGCUUCUGUUAGCAGAAACCGCAGCACUAUCAUUGUUCCUGCAGGAAGUGCCCGGGAAGAAGGGUGGGCAGCAUUCAGGAACAUCUUGGCCGAGAUAAAUGAAGCAUCGAGGGUUUUUCUCCUGCCUAAUCAGCAAAAUUCCGAAACCUCAGAGCGGCUUGUUGGACUAUCAGAUGAUGUGGGGGCUGGAUUCAUAUCCGGGCACAGCUCCCAACCUGUCCCAGCAGCUGAACUGAAUGUGGAGAGGUCAGUUGAUUUGCCGGCGUUGGAUGAAAUUGGUAACUUGGCAGUUUCGAAGGUGAUCAGGGCUGAUCAAAAGAGGUUCUUCUUUGAUCUUGGGAGCAAUAACAGGGGCCAUUUCCUCAGAAUUUCCGAGGUGGCAGGGUCUGACCGGUCGUCCAUAAUUCUGCCGCUGUCGGGGCUGAAACAGUUCCACGAAAUGGUGGGUCACUUCGUAGACAUCACCAAAGAUCGAAUUGAAGGAAUGGGGAGCGCAAAUGUUAGGACAGUGGAGCAUCCUCAAAGGUGAUAAUAAUGCGCGAACACUGGUGGGGGUUUGGAGGGGCUUUGGUGUGAUAAAAGUUGCAAGAAUAAAAGGCCCUUUUGAUCCAGACAGACAGAGACAUCGCCAUUUGCAUGCAUUAUUGCAUAUUGUGUUAGCUUUGGUUUUUUGUUUUCUUGUUUUUUUUUUUUUUUUUAAGUAAUUUAAUUUUAUUUUUCUGUUGUCAUUUUAGUUUGAUGAAAGGAAGAGGAUAUUUGGGAGUUAGUUGCUUGGUGUCAUGGGUUGAUUUGAAAGAAGGAAUAAAUGUGGGAAAUAAACAAAAAGGCAUGCUGUAAUUUGUCUCAGUAGCAGCUUUAGUACAUUAAAGGGUGGUGGAAUAUGCGUUGCAUUUUUCCAGUUGUAGCAUAAUUGCUAUUGCGGGAAAAUAAAACUAAUAAUGCAGCUUCUCUGGUAUAUUCAGGUU